AUUGAUAACGUGUCACAUAAGAUCGUGAUCCGACGAUUGUUACGUAAUAAUGUGUAAUAAAAUAACAUGAGAGUAUGAGAUAUCGAAUGAAUAAACAGAUGAAACUUUAGUUUAUAUCUAGCUGUGUUGUGAUAUAGACAAGGGAAUUUAUUAAUUCGCAAAAGUGGCGCGAAUAAUGGACGUAAUUGUAAUUGGCUGCGGGGCAGCGGGCAUCGCGGCUAUGAGGAAGCUGCAUGAUGCUGGUCUGCAAGUCCUCGGCCUUGAGGCUGGAGACAGGAUCGGCGGCAGGAUCUUGACUGUCGAAUUUGGCGGAAAACCUAUUGACAUUGGGGCUGCUUGGUGCCACGGCGAGAAAGACAACGUGGUCUUCGACAUCGCGAACCCAUUAGGUCUUCUAGGCAGAUCACCACCAGAAACCAACUGGUACCUCUUGUCUAAUGGCGAGCUGGUGCCGGAGGACAAAGCUGGUGAGAUCUUGAAGGCCCUGGAUAACGAGUUGGAGACUGCUGACAAACGAGCCCAUAAGUCCAUCUCGCAGCAUGUUAGAAGCGCAGCCAACACCAAUGCCACACUGAAGAAGGAACCUCAAUUAGCAAUUCCGUUCAUAGAAUGGUAUGAGAGGAACAACCACGUACAAGGACAAGAGGACCAAAAGCAAGGGAAAUCCUUGCGCUGUCUUGAGGAGUUCUGGCUUAGUGAGGGUGAUGCUUUCCUAACCUGGAAGGGAAGAGGGUACAAAACCAUUCUGGAUGUUUUAAUGAACAAAUACCCUGAUCCUUCCAAAGAGAUCCCUCUACAGAUCCUCUUGAACAAGGAAGUGGAGAACAUUCGGUGGGGUAUCACUCAACUUGGCAUUGACCCAACUAACCCAAUGGUACAAGUCAAGUGCAAGGACGGAAGCCUGUACGCAGCCAAGAGUGUCAUUGUUACCAUGUCUGUUGGCGUUUUGCAGGAGAGACACGAGACCCUAUUCUACCCACAGCUACCAUCAUCAAAAGUGAACACAAUCAAAAACAUGACCAUGACAGUUCUGGACAAGAUCUAUGUAGAAUAUGAAAAGCCAUGGUGGCCUAAAACACCUUCAAAGUUCUCUUUACUAUGGCGAGAUGAAGAUAAGGCUCAAUUUGGUGAAAAUGAGAAAUGGGUGACUGAGAUUUACGGUUUCUGGACUGUGGAUUCUCAUCCAAAUGUCCUACUGACUUGGAUACAUGGUAGCGGUGCUGUGCAAAUGGAGAAGAAAAGCGUCGAAGAAGUUCGCGCUGGCAUCCAAAAGUUGCUUGAUGUUGUCGUUAAGAAACGGUUCGAUGUUUCACCUAUUAAGGACAUUUUGAGGACACAAUGGGCCACCAAUCCUUUAGCAAGAGGAACCUACGCUUACCGUACCGUCGCCUUAGAAGAGAGUGGUCAAGAAGGAGGCGCCAUAGUUCUAUCAGAGCCUCUCUGCCAUCCAAACAAGUUCCCUGUAGUCUGCUUCGCGGGAGAAGCCACGUCUCACCACAAACAUUGGGAUGUCCACGGAGCAGUAGAAUCCGGAUUCAGAGAGGCUGACCGACUGAUCGAAACUUUCAAGGAGUUUGGAUUUAAAUAAUUAUUUCGUAAUGGAGUUUAGAAGAUAGUUUUGCACAUAUUUUUUAUUUAUUGUGACAAUAAUCUCCUUUAAUCUCCGAAGGAUUAGGCAGAGGUGCACAUUAUGGCAUGUAAUGCCACUGUACAAUGUGCAUCCACUUUUCACAAUUUAUGUUGUUCCAUGUAAUAGGUGGUGAGGCUUAUUGCCAUAUGUGCCCGAUAUUUUUUUAUCUUUGUUUUAUAAUAAAAAGAAUAACUAAGUGCAAAAUUAUCUUCAAACCACAUUAUAUUGACUACGCAAACAUUUUGAUGUUUUAUAUGCUUUUUUUGUUAAAAUAAAAUGCAAAAUAAAAAAUAUAGUUUUAUUUGAAUAUCACUUUACAUAAAAUUGUUCUGACAAAUCAUUUUUAUAAGACAUUCAACGUUAACAUUAAUAAUCACAUUAUCAGUAAAUAGUCACACCUUGUGAGGUUAAAUGGUCAAAAAGUAUCUAUAGAUUAACAUCACUUGAAUAAGUACUAAUGCACCUACAACAAAGUAUAAUAAAAAAAGAUACACUUAAUCUAUCAUUAAAAUAUACAAAUCUUCUUAUAUAUACAAACAUGGCGUGAUGCAUAUGAUUAUGAUGGUGUUAAUAUAUAGCAUUUGUAAUCAAAUAUUAUAAGUUACUCUAAUAGGGUUUCAUUACAUACUUAAGAAAAGAUGGCUUGCGGUUUAGUGAGAAUAUAGGAGUUAUUGACUUCCCCGUUUCUGAUCUUCAAAUACCCAAUCCCUUUAAUCCAGCAGGGUACGGGUUAUUAAUGAUAAUAUUCUUUUUGUCACUUUUAAUUCAUUCCCGAUUAUAGACAGCAUGAUCUAACAAAUGCGUUGUUUAAAAGAGGUUGAGCACCCCUAACUAACCGAUCCCCAAGAUAUCCUCAUUCAUUAAGAAUAAAUAAAUGUAAUUAAGAAACUCAAGACUCUGCCUGUAAUUUAGCCUGGCUAGAGGCCUGACUGAUGAAAUUAACGUGACACAACUUUCUACUUAACCUCGGGGCCCCUAGGCCGUUGCCACUUGGGGCCUGUCUAUCCAGAGUCCGGCCCUGUACUACUCAAAUCCCUUUGAUAUACAACGUCAUAAUUAUACUUAUUAUCAUAAGCGUAUCGUUACAAUUAUCAACUAUUCUCACAAUACACAUCUCAUACAAAAUGUGAAAAGGCAAAUACUGUU